AUGGUGGUUGCUCACGCUUCAGCAGCGUCCAACUCAACCUCGAAUACCGACCUCAGGGGCUGGUACCCGUGCUCCGACUACACCUUCUCGGACGAAGGCAGCUCGAGCGAAGACGCGGAAUGCGCGAUGUACAACGCUCCUAUGUGCUACCCUGGUAUCUGCGAGACCCCCACGUCCGCCAACUCCAACGUCGACAUUUUCUUCAAGCAUCCGCCAGCGACGAACGGCAACCCAGAAACAGCUCCCCAUGUGUGGCUGCUUCAGGGUGGCCCGGGCUCUUCAUCGACGGCAUUGGAGGUGGACAUGGUGACGCUGCACUCCCAGCUGGAAGGAGCUGUGAACGUGUACACUAUGGACCACCGCGGCACCGGACGCAGCACGCUUUUGGACCCAAAUCUGCACAAAAAGUACGGGGACCUCGCCUCGUUCUCCGUGACGACUGCUGCAACCGACCUCGUGACCUUCAUCUCAACGUUUACGAAUGGUGCCAACACCACGGUGUACGGCGCGAGCUACGACACGAUCUUGGCUCUCGCUCCCCUUGAGGUGACCGGGUAUGUUCUCGAUGGAAUUGCCACUAGCUCUGGGGCACCAGGCGAUGAGUUCCUGUACAUGUCAAAGCGGGAUAUCGACUUCGGAGAGGUCGGUGAUGCACUCCUUUCGCUGCGCGAGCAGGACAUCGAAGUGAAGGCCCGUUUCGAGCACAAAAGCCUCAACAGGACUCUUGACGAGCUAUUUCAGCAGUUUGACAAGGACCCAAACGCAACCUGCGCUUCACUCAUCACCAAUGUGGCAAUGGGCGAGGUCGAGGGCGAAGCGCCAACGGAAGACAUGGGUGACUACCCGCCAUCGUAUUCCUUGCGUCUUGUCUUGGGUUCCCUUUUCAAGCACACGUACCUGCGGACACUGAUCCCGCCCGUUAUUUACCGACUCCAACGCUGUGAACCGGAGGAUGUCGACGUUUUGAGCCAAUUUGGCACUGCUUUGGGCUUGCUUAGUUCAGGGAAAUCCCAAGACGACGCGUUUCACUCGACAGUGCUCUACAGCCUCAUCAUCUUUUCAGAGAAGUGGGAGACGCCUUCACUCUUCGUUUCCCACUUACGAGCAAGGUACGAGAGCACCAAGAUGAGUGACGGAGGGGUUUACCCCAUGGAUGCGCUGUACUGCGCCUUCUCGAAGGAGAAAUCGGCUGCAUGUGAUGAACUCAAUGUUGGAAACUAUGAUGGGGACGGCAUUGUCUACAAGCCCGACCAGUACUGGAACAAGACGGCUGCAAUUCCGAGUCAAGCCAGCCUGCGGCUAAUGCUGAAUCGCAAGCACUGUCCCGUGUUGUACCUCGACUCAGCCGAGGACUUCAACACGUACACCAAGCAGCUGCAGACGUGCGCGCUCGGCUCCUGA